AUGGUAAAAGCUCAAGAAUGGUUGGACAGAAAAUAUCCCACUGCAGAAGCCAAAGCAAAAGUCAAAAGAAUCGGUCCUAAACAAGACUUAAAAAGUGUGGGAAGUAAUUUACUUUCAUCGUUUAUUAAGGGUCGGUCCUUAUCAGCUGUUCUUGAUAAUGAGAUAAACAACAGUGGUAUAAUUGAAAGCAAUCUUAGUUUAGAAGGUCCUUUAUCUUUAAAAGGAUUCAUUAAUUUGGAAUUUUUGAAUAUCUGUAACCAUAAAAUUACUACAUUAGAUGUGUCUGAUUGCCUGCAACUUCGUGAAUUACGUUGUUCAGACAAUAAGUUAACUAAUAUAGAUUUAACUGGAUUAGAUAAAAUUGAAAAAAUUUUUUGUGAUGGCUGCCAAUUAACAAAUUUAGAAUUUUUAAAAACUCUAAAUCCGGUCAGGUUGGUCACUCUCCGCAUGAACAACAACAAAUUUCCUGCCCAAGAUUUAAGUUGUUUUACUCCCUUUAUUAAUUUAGAGAGAUUAUAUAUUGUUAACAAUCCUUUUUAUGGUUCUUUAAAGCCAUUAAGGGAUUUAACCUAUUUAAAGGAAAUAGGUAUUGCUGGAACUGACAUUGAUAGUGGUUUGGAAUAUUUGCCUGAAAAUUUUUUCAAUCUCGAUGCCGCCGCUUCUUAUUUGGGCUUGGUGGGAGGUCACUUUAAAAGAUUACUUAUAUGUACGGGAAAACUUGCUGAACAAUUAAAUAAUUACAAAAUAGAAAAUGAUCCCCUUAAAAAUUAUGACUGGCAAGCUUGGAAGCGAGAUAAUCAAGAAUUAAUUGACAAAGCUAAAAAGCAAGAUAAACAAGAAGAAUUAACUGAGUUAUUAGAAUGGGAAGUAGUAGGCUAG